UGUGGGGAAUGUGGGAAGGGCUUCAGCUUCAGCUCCCAACUCAUCAUCCACCAGCGCAUCCACACUGGGGAGAGGCCCUAUGAGUGUCCCGAGUGUGGGAAGAGGUUUCAGAGGAGCUCCACUCUCCUUGUGCACCAGCGGAUUCACACAGAUGAGAGGCCCUUCCGCUGCCCUGACUGUGGGGAGGGCUUCAAGCACAACGCCAACCUCAUCACCCACCGGCGCAUCCACACUGGGGAGAGGCCCUAUGAGUGUGGGGAAUGUGGGAAGAGCUUCAGCCACAGCUCCAGCCUGAUCCUCCACCAGCGGACCCACACUGGGGAACGUCCCUAUGAGUGUGAGGAAUGUGGGAUGACCUUCAGAUGGCGGUACCAACUGACCAUUCACCAGAUGAUCCACACUGGGGAGAGGCCCUACGAGUGUCCUGAGUGUGGGAAGGGGUUUCAGACCAGCUCAAAUCUCCUCGUGCACCAGCGGAUUCACACGGAUGAGAGGCCCUUCCGCUGCCCCGACUGUGGGAAGGGCUUCAAGCACAACGCCAACCUCAUCACCCACCGGCGCAUCCACACUGGGGAGAGGCCCUAUGAGUGUCCUCAGUGUGGGAAGAGCUUUGGCCAGAGCUCUCACUUGACCAGACACCAACAGAGGCACCGGUAAGGGAAGCCCUUCGAGUGCCCCAAGUGCAGGAAGAGCUUUGUUGCUGCUCCAGCUCCAUCUCCCGUCACAGGACCCACGUUGGGCAGAGCCCUGAUGACCCACGUUCCCAGUGAUCCCAGUUGGGAACACACUGAGCUGGUGGUCAUUUUGAUUAGGCCCUGAUUUUCAUUUCAUUCUUCAUCCCUUUAAAACAGACAAAAUUGGGGUAAAAGUCAACAGAUUUGUCACAGGCAUCUAAAACCUCACUUUUUACUAGUGCUUGAAGGGAGUCUGAUAUUCAGGGAGGUAAAUGGGUGGGGUUUGGGGGUAUUUGGUAUAUUUGUCUCCAUCUCUUGGCACUCAAGGAGACGAGUGAGUUCGAUCUGUCACCUCAGAAUCACUCUAUGCCACUGAAAAGUACUCAUUCCCACCCAGAUUUCCUGGAUUCCACAGCCCCUCAGGGUGUGUUGCCUGAAAUUUUAGCUUUCAUAUUUUUCAUAUUCUGUACUUCCUAGGUUUGUAGUUUUGAACUUUUCAUUAGGUGUUAGUGAGCUCUCUUCACAGAGUAGGUAGACAAAACAAUUCCUUUUCUAGUUUGAUACCAAAGACAACUGUUACAAGUUCCAGGCCCAAAAGCAUGAAGAAGGGUGGACUGAAGAGAGAAAACAAGAAGGAUGG